AUGAAAUUCUUUAAUUGUAAUUUGUUUCUUCUAAGUAUUUUUUUUUUUUUUUUUGUAUUUAUUUCCUUUUCGUCAAGUGAAGAAAUUUUCGACAUGGGAAAUUUGCCAAUUUCAGAAAAAAGACUUGCUUAUAAUUUGAUACAAAUAUAUAAAGAAACAAUAAUCGCACAAAAUAAUUUUUAUGUAAAUUUUGAAAAUACUCAAAAAAUGUUUAACGAAUUAAAAAAAGAAAAUAAUAAUAAUAAUUCAUCAUCAAGUUUUCUUCAAGUAAAAUCAAAAGGACCAGUAGAAGAAGAAACAAUAUGGAGAGCAUUGUAUGAUACUCAAUUAAGGAGAUCUCCACCAACUGAAGAAGUUCAUGUUUAUUCAACAGAAAAUGUAGAAAAAGAAUAUGAACAAGCAAAAUUAGAUGCUUUUAAAUCCCAAAUAAAUAUUAUGAAAAAAAAUUUUGAAAAAAAUUUACAAUAUAUGAAUGAAGAAUUGGCAAGACAAAAAAACAUAAAAGUUUUAUUAAAUCAAACUACUUUAUUGGAAGAACAAAUAAAUAAAAUACCAAAAAAUAAUUCAUAUAAAAACGGUCCUAUAAAAAAAACUUAUUCAACAAAAAUUCAAUGCUAG